UCCGGGCCCCCUCGUUUGUGGGUCAGACCCCACGGGCCCACCCACAACACGGGCAACACGGUGAUGUCCAGACACCAUUCUUUUUCUGCCGCAAACGUGAUGUAGGUGCUCGAUCAGGAUGGCAGAUGGCGACACGCUGGCCGACGUGUUUGCCCGGCUCAGACUGGGUGGCUGUCAGGUCACUGUCAGCGGCUGUGCCGCCGACAGCAGCGAUCGCCACAACGUGGGGCGAAUACCUGCUAUCGACUACUUCGCUCGCAAGUUGGCCAAGGGCUCUUCGGAGGAGCACUGGCGGGGUUUGACCUUCGGCAAGGCGGGCGAGGCGGCAGCGCUGCCAGACGUGCACGCCUCGCCAGAGGCUUACCUGACCGACAUGCAGGCGCACACCGCCCUCGAGUUCCAGGCUGCCGCCGCCGCGGCGCUGGCAUCGGCAGAGGGGCGCCACCCCGAGCCCGCGCAGCUGUGGUGGAACUUUGGCUGGGUGUCUGACGCCAAGUGGCGGGCGCUGCGGACGCGGGGGCAGAGCCUGGACUUUAGCGACGAGGGAGAGCCAUGGGUGAAGCACUUGGUGCAGGUCAAGGAGACCGAUUCCUACCACGUGGCCCGCCUGGCGCGGCGCGAUCCAGACAGCGGCGACGACGUGCUGGUGCUGCUGCCGACGGUGGAGGCGGGGGGCAGGGCGCGGGAGGUGGUGCAGAUGAGGUCCCUGGGAUACCUGGGAUCCUUCCUGCUGCAGUACACCAGCGCGCAGGCGCUGCGCUACCAGCUGCGCACCCGCACCCUGCCCCCUGCAGCCCAGCACAUGCUGCAGCUGGCUGCCGACCCGACCCGCCAGCUGUCCAGCAGCGGCCAGGGCACGCUGCGCCGCGGGCCGGUGCACCUUCUCACAGACACCGUGCCCAUCAACGCGGGGCAGCGCGCGGCGGUGGAGGGCCUGCAGGGCGGGCUCAGCAUCAUCCACGGCCCUCCCGGCACCGGCAAGUCCACCACCAUCUUCCACAUCGUGGAGUCGAGGGUGCAACCCAGGGCGCAGGUUCUGGUCACCUGCAGCCGCAACCAGGCCGUGGAUGCGGUGGUGGGCAAGCUGGCGGGCGUGGAGGGCAGCCUGCUGGUGUUUGGGCGUGAGGAGCGGUUGGGGGACAAGGCCAAGCAGUACACUCUGACGGCCCGGCUGGCUCGCCACCCCACCGUGGCUGCCUGGCUAGACCUCAUGCGGCAGCUGCAGGAGCUGCGUGACAACACAGUCCCGCCAGGGACGCUUGCUGCACGCGUACGCCAGGCAGAAGCCGUGCUGGCGGCGGUGGUGGCAGCUGGCGCGAGCGACGGCGUCGCGCAGGAGGAGAUGCGAACCCUGCGCCGCCUGCUGGAGCGGCUGCGGCAGCGUGACUACUCCACCCUCGCCGCAGACAUCCUGCAGCCGGCCAUCACGCGGCUGCUGGCCAGGGUGCUGCCAGAGGUGAAGGCGGCAGCCAAGCGGGAGAUCCUGGCGUCCACGAGGGUGUAUGCCUGCACAAUCGAUUCCACGCCCCGCAUGGUGUUUGAGCUGGCUGAUCACGGGGUGGAUGUGGACGUGGACACCAUCCUCAUGGAUGAGGCGGGGUGUGUGGCUGAGAUGGCGGUACCACCGCUCAUCAAGCUGGCGCCCGCCAACCUGGUGCUCGUCGGAGACCACCUUCAGCUGCCGGCCUACUCCGACCUCGUCUCCCCGCCGCCCAACCACGUCCGCAGCUUCAUGGAGCGUGCGGUGGCGCUGGCGGUACCGGCGGCGAUGCUGACGAAUCAGUAUCGCAUGCACCCCGCCAUAUGCCGGGCCAUUUCCGCAGAGUUCUACGCCGACCGGCUGCACACCGCUGCGGCUGCUGCAGCCCGCCGGGCGCUGGCGGAGCCCUGCCGGAUGGUGCAGGUUGGGGGCAAGGAGGUGUGGCACCAGGGCGGCGGAUACUCCAACCCUGUGGAGGCAUCCAAGGCCGUGCGCGUGGCCCGUAAGGCGGCCAAGGAGCUGCGUGAGCUGGGCAUCCGCCACCCCACCAUCUACAUCAUCACCAUCUACAACAGGCAGCGGGACCUGCUGGAGCGGCUGGUGGCCAAGGAGCCCGCCCUGAGGGGCGCCUGCGACUGCCAGGUGCUGUCGAUUGAUGCCUGCCAGGGCGACGAGGCCGACGCGGUCGUCGUGUCCACAGUGCGCAACGCCUUCUGCGGCAGCGAGAAUCAGCACCUGAGCAGCUUCUUCCGGGACCGCCGGCGGGUCAACGUGGCCAUGUCUCGAGCCCGCCACCUGUGCGUGGUGGUGGGCAGCCUCUACACGCUGCGCCUGCCCAAGGCACGCCCCUGGAGCGCCGUGCUGGCAGACUACGAUGGCUUUGACUGAGUGGCGGCUACAAGGGGGGCUUACGGUGGCCACCAGCGCAUGCGUGGCUUGCUGUGGUAGUGCCAUACACCUCUGGUUGAUGUGGCGCUGUCAAGUACUCUGAGCUUACACUCUGCUGCAAGGGAACAUGGAAUGCAAUGCACCAGCCUGCUUCGACUGACUCGCUGCAGACUCUACAUCUUUGCAUGACAAGCUCUGCUUCAGCAGAGCAUGCAGCAUCAAAUCGUGC